AACUUUCCGCCUAUUCCCUUUGAGCCACUUAUGCAGGUGUAGUUAAUUCUUCAUGUACAUACUUGAUCAUUAACUCUCACAUUAAACAAUGGAUUGUGCAGGAUGGGAAAAUUCUGCUCGCUUCAUUCUCCGUCUAUGGCUGAUGUCUGCGCUAAUUUACUCUUCCAUGAUCGCUGUGCAAAGCUUUAAUGGCCUAGAGAGACUGCAAUUAGGAUAUUCUUCCCCCUCACCACAAGAAAGCGAAACUAUCCUGGUGUCUCCUGAUGGUACAUUUCUGCUGGAUUUUAUAAUGUGGGCAUCAACGCCUACGGUCUGGCUGUAUGGUAUUCUCGUACACCCAAGACGGUGGUGUGGAUGGCCAACAGAGAUCGACCCGUCAAUGGACGGGAUUCCUCUCUCCGUUUUCUAAAAGAUGGGGACCUCCUUCUGGUGGAUGCAGGCGGAAUACCGAUUUGGAGAACUAACACCAAAGCCGUCGCUGUUACCGAAGCUCUGCUUCUCAACACAGGAAAUCUGGUGUUGCGCAGCGCUUCUAAACAGAUAGUUUGGCAAAGCUUUGAUUCUCCCACUGAUACGCUCCUUCCCGAACAGCCAUUCACAAAGGAUACUAAACUUAUCUCAAGAAUGGAGUUGGGUAAUUAUAAAUCUGGCUACUACCGCUUCUACUUCAACGAUGAAAACUAUCUGGGAAUGAUUUAUGAAGGUCUGAAUCUGUCCAGCAAGUAUUGGCCGCCUCAAGGGAACACCCCAUGUGAUGUAUUUGGCCUCGGCAGAACUACUUAUAACAUUACACGCCUGGCUUCUCUUGAUCGAUUAGGUGGCUUCAAAUCAAGUGAUAAGUUCAAUUUUAAAGCCUCUGAUUAUGGAGAAGGGCCCCUCAGAAGAUUGACACUGGAUAUUGACGGAAACCUUAGAUUAUACAGUCUGGACUCACAGAAUCUCACCUGGGAGAUUACGUGGAUUGCUCUUACAAAACAAUGUGACGUCCACGGUCUCUGUGGAUUCAACGGUUUGUGCAAAUAUGCACCAGAGCCCAAGUGCGUGUGCCCGCCUGGUUUUGAAAUGGAAGAUUCAACAGACUGGUUCAAAGGUUGCCGGCUCAUUCAUAACCUCACCUGCACCCAAAAUAGUGCUCAGUUUCUUCGGCUUCCUUACACAGAUUUUUAUGGCUACGAUUGGUCCGGGCAUGGAUAUGGGUUGUCGUUACAAGAGUGCAGAAAGAUCUGUAUGGAUGAUUGCUAUUGUUUAGGCUUUUCUUACACAACUAGCGGCACAGGAGAAUGUUCCCCAAAGCAUCUUCUUAUCAGUGGGUUGCGAUCUCCAGGGGUAACCAGUGACAUGUACAUUAAAGUAUCUGUCAUCCAUUCUUCAGAGAAAAACAUCUCAUCUAAGUUGGUGUUGAUGCCAUCGGGCUCGUCACAUUGUUCCCAUGAACCCCAACUGCAACAACAAAACAUUUCGUCUGGUGUUUCAAAGAAAGGAAGAAGAAGUCAAUUAAUUACUGUAGCGGCAUCUAUUGUUUCGGCUAUUGGGGUUGCAGAGAUUAUUUGCAUGGUACUCGCAUGUGGGUUUCUCUUCCGGAUAUUUCGCAGUCCUAGUGUCCAUAAUUACCAAGGUUACUCUGCUAUUCCUGGAGGACUUAGAAGGUUCAAGUUUUCGGAGCUUAGACGAGCGACUAAAAAUUUCAAGGAGAGUGUGGGAAAGGGAGGAUUUGGGACCGUGUACAAAGGCCUUCUUCACCCCGAAAACAGAGUGGUGGCGGUGAAGCGAUUGGAAGGAGUGUCUCAGGGAGAAGAUGAAUUUCGGGCAGAGUUGAAUAUGAUUGAGCGAGUAAAUCACAUGAAUUUGGUUCAAAUGAUUGGGUAUUGCGCCGAGGGCAAGCAGAGGCUGCUGGUCUAUGAGUAUGUUGAGAAUGGUUCUCUGGAUAAUUACUUGUUUACCCAAGACAGCUCAAAAGUUCUAGACUGGAGCAAACGAUUUCAAAUUGCAGUGGACACGGCAAGAGGGCUGGCUUAUCUCCACGAGGAAUGCCUGGAAUGGAUUCUCCACUGCGACAUCAAGCCAGAGAACAUUCUUCUAGACAAGCACUUUCAUGCCAAAGUUUCAGAUUUUGGAUUGUCGAAGCUGGUAGACAAGGGGAAUGAAAAUGAGAGGAAAAUAAGUGCCCUCGCCUUCUCCAAAAUACGAGGGACGCGAGGGUAUCUGGCGCCCGAGUGGACAAUGAACCUUCCAAUUACAGCCAAGGCAGACGUCUACAGUUUCGGCAUUCUUCUCUUGGAAUUAGUUAACGGGCGGAAGGUUGCGGAAUUUAAUGUGGCUGGGAGUAAUUUUGUGCAAUGGGCUUUCCACAAUGUUAGAGAAAACAGAUGGAGAGAGAACUUGGUGGACCACAAAUUAGGAGAGAGUGGUAUGGAGUGGAAAUCAAAGGUGGAAAUGGAAAGGGUAUUGAAAACAGCAAUGUCCUGCAUUAAGCAGGACAAGAAUAAGAGACCUUCCAUGAGUCGGGUCGUGGAAAUAUUGAUGCUCCCCGUAAACGCAAAGGACAGCGCUGUACAAGUGGAAAUGGACACAGCGAUAUAGAGAAGCCCUGCAUAAGUUCGACCUCUCCUCUGUGUGCGGUUCCCAGAAGAUGAUGGAAAUACAAGAUAUUUGUUGUUUGCAAAUCCAUGAGAUUGUUGGAGGAAACCAGAGUAGCAUGGGAAGAAGCAAAAUUCCCAAAGGAUUUAUAUUUUGAUGUAGGCUCCUUAGCAUAUCAAAUUGUAUCCUGGGCCAAAUCCUAAAUUUGGCUUAAACAUAGUUGCGGCUUAUUUAGGUCACUUCAAAGCAUUCUUCUGGUGUAUACCUUGAAGAAGAGUGCCAAGGAUUUGGGUUAGAUUCUCUCACUUGUAGAUCAAACAUAACAUUGUCUCAUCUCAUACAUAGCGACUGAUGUUUUUUAACAAUGGUUUAAUGAUUCAUGUCACUCUUAUUUAUAUGGUAUUAUUGUUGUGGAUAAAUACCACACUGCAAGGUUAGAUUAGCACAAAUUAUCUUCUGCUCUCCACUGCUUACAAUUUUUUUUACUUCUUCAAAUUCUAAUGAAAAUUUGUGGUUCGUACUUCUUAAC